UAUCCCAAUAAAAAUUCGACCUUCCAGAUUCAACCCCAUCUUCCUCCUCCUCCUCUCAAUCAAUCAUUCUUCUCUGUUGGGUAAGACGCGUGAUUUCAAUUCAACGCUCCUCUGGAUUUCCAUUUUCCUUUCAGCUAAUAAAAUUUCCUAUUUAUUUAAAGGUUGUGAUUAAAUCCCCCCUGUCUUUCCAUUUUUAGUCUCAUUUGCUCCUCACGAGAGAUAGAGAGAGAGAGAGAAAUCAAAACAAAAAAAAUUGUUCUUCUUCUUUUCCUUUUCUGUAUUUUUUUAGUUUACAAAAAAAUAAUUUGACUGCGUAGAGGAGAAGAUUAGGUCGAGAUCGAGAUAGAGAGAGAAAGCUUCAAGGCGAUAGCGUUUGCAGAACGUGACAACAUUUAAAGUUUUGGUCUGAGAGAGAGAGAGAGAGCUCGUGCCUUUGGUCUAAAAAAAAUCGACGAAAUCGAAUUCAGACAAGACACGUCAAAAGCUUUUGGUCUGAAAAAAAUCGACGAAUCGAAUUCAGACAAGACACAAUCAAAAGCUUCUGGUCUGAAAAAUCGACGAAAUUCAGACAAAAACCCUAAAAAAUCGGGGAAAAGAUGUUUGGGAUCCAGAACAGGCGAGACCUAACGAUGGAGCUCCAAUCCCAGAUCCCGAUCCUCCGCCCCAGCAUCCACGCGCGACGAGCCAACAUCGUCGUGAAGUUCCAGGACCUGUACGGGUUCACGGUGGAAGGCAACGUGGACGACGUGAACGUCCUCAACGAGGUGAGGGAGAAGGUGAGGAACCAGGGGCGGGUCUGGUGGUCUCUGGAGGCCAGCAAGGGUGCCAAUUGGUAUCUCCAGCCCGAGAUUCUCAUGAUCGGCGACGGUAUCGCCUUGAAGAAGACGUCUCUCAAGAUCUCGACUCUGACGAAUGCCAUCACCUUGAAGAGGCUGAUAAGGAAAGGGAUCCCUCCUGUGCUUAGGCCUAAGGUUUGGUUCUCUCUCUCUGGUGCUGCCAAGAAGAAGUCCACCGUGCCUGAGAGUUAUUAUAGUGACUUGAGUAAGGCUGUUGAUGGGAAGGUCACUCCUGCUACGCGGCAGAUUGAUCAUGAUCUGCCACGGACGUUCCCAGGCCAUCCAUGGUUGGACACUCCAGAAGGUCAUGCUGCUCUACGGCGUGUGCUUGUUGGGUAUUCCUUUCGCGACUCUGAUGUUGGCUACUGUCAAGGGCUAAACUACGUUGCAGCGUUACUAUUGCUUGUGAUGAAGACGGAAGAAGAUGCCUUCUGGAUGCUAGCAGUCCUUUUGGAAAACGUAUUGGUCCGUGACUGCUACACAACCAACUUGUCUGGAUGCCAUGUUGAACAAAGGGUUUUCAAAGAUUUGCUCGCCCAAAAGUGUCCUCGAAUAGCUACUCACCUUGACGAUAUGGGCUUUGAUGUCUCCCUUGUAGCCACAGAGUGGUUUCUGUGCCUCUUCUCCAAAAGCUUGCCUUCCGAGACAACUCUACGAGUCUGGGAUGUACUCUUCUAUGAAGGAGCAAAGGUUCUUUUCCAUGCAGCUUUGGCAAUAUUCAAGAUGAAAGAAAACGAGCUGCUGAUGACUCACCAGGUCGGUGACGUGAUCAACAUAAUACAGACCACCACACACCAGCUCUUUGACCCUGAUGAAUUAUUGACGGUGGCAUUUGAGAAAAUUGGUUCUAUGACAACCAACACAAUAUCAAAGCAGAGGAAGAAGCAGGAACCGGCGGUGUUGGCAGAACUUGACCAGAGACUUCGCAGACUCAACUCUCUUAAAGAAACUGGUAAGAAUAUUUGAAUAAUAAUCUGUUGGGACUUGGGGAGAAGAUUGAGCCAAAAAAAAAGUGUACAAGGAGGGAGUCUAAUGGUUUGUUUACUUUACCUCUCUUGAUGGUCUUUUUCUUCUUCUUCUUCUUCUUCUUCUUCUUUAUGUUAAAGAGUAUAUAAGAUAGGAAUUUUAUUUAUGAGAGAGAGCAAAACUAAAGGACCAACAAGUUUUAUUUUGUGAGAUGGUAAAUGUCAAAGUGUUUCAUUC